AAAGUAUUUAAGGACAGUGACAACGACAAGUGUACAUUUGGUUUCUGAGACUGUGUGAGGAAUGAUUGGACAUAUGUAUUUCCCACUGUUAUUACAACCAACAAAGUCUUUCCCAUCAGCACUGCUCUCUUUACUGUUGGUCAUGGCCGUCCACUCAUCGCGGACCGUCUCGCUGAGCCGAAGCCAGAACUGCGGCACUCCCCUCCAGCAGUCUCUGAAGCUAACGCGACUCAUACACAAGGAGUCCGUGGAGCUCAUCCGCACAUACAAGGCCAGCCAAGGGGCGAUGUCGGAACUCUUCUGCAAGUCCUCCAGCAGCGAGGUCCCCCAGCCCAAGAUCUCCGGCCUGGAGCCCUCGGAGCGGCUGCUGAGCGUCUCCUCCAUCCUGCAGUCCUUCCUGCCCCACCUCCAGCGGGUGCUGGAGCAGCAGACGGACCUGCAGUCGCCCUCCAGCCGGCUGCUGACGGAGCUGAGCAACGUGAGGAACCGCAGCGCCAGCCUGGCCUCAGUCAUCAGCUGCCUCUAUCAGAACCUCUUCCCCAACCUGCCGGCCCCCGAGCCGGCCGGGGGCCCCACGCAGAUGCCCCCGCCGCAGAACAUCUUCCAGCAGAAGGUCUACGGCUGCGUGGUCCUGCGGCGGUUCAAGGAUUUCCUCCUGAACGUGGCCCGGGAGCUGAGGACUUUGAAGAGCCGCGUGUGCAGGAUGCCCCCGGCUAACACCCUCUUCUGAAGAGGAGCGGGGAAAAGGAUGGAGAGGCUGCUGAAACGUGGUUCAGUGUUUCACGUUCAAAGGACUUGUGUGAGUCUCAAGGUGGCUGGCACAUCGGUUGUUUUCUUAUUGCAAAGGAUAUGUAUUUAUCGUAUUUAUUAUUUAUUUCCACGUUUUGUGGAGGUCAAAUGUGUAAUGGCAGAGGUUGCGUGAUCAUUGUAAUUAGACUAUGAUUGUCCACAAAUCUCCAAAUGUAUUGGAGAUGUGUAUGGCUUCUUGAUGACACUGAUCUGAACUUUUGUUACAAUCACACUGUGCAGAAUCACCCAAAAGCAAACAAUGAAAAGGACAGAAAGGCAAACAUGGACUAUGGAGAAAUUUAGGCGUCAGCUUUUCUAAAUCAACUAAUCAAUGUUUUCUGUAAAUGACCAAGCCUAACUGGGAGCGUUGAUACAGCAAACACAAAAGGGGACGUUAUUGUGGAGCCACUGGUUGCUGUUAAAGCUUUGUCCUGUGCAGUAACGGCCCAGAAGUGGACACAAGUCACUAAACUAAACAGGGAGGUGAUGGAGGUGUGACAGCAGCUCUCAGUGACACAUGUCCUGAAGACAUGAAGAGGCAGAUAGUCACAUAGGAAAGAGUUUGUGAAACAGUCUGUUGUCUGGCCAGUCACAAGGCACUGUGUGCGUGUGUGUGUGUCUGUGACCUGUUUGUCUGUGUGUGUGUGUGUGUGGGUGUUCAGUGUGGUUCAGUGGAUGUGGAUGGAGCAUAGUUCACAGAUAUGUAUGGGCAUGUUCAUUGGAAUAAGAAUGACACUGUGGGUGUAUGUAGGCCUGUAAAGAGGAAGUACGGAAUGGGUUGGGAUUUUUAGCAUCCAAGAACCUUAUUUAAAAAAAUAUUUUAUUUAUAAAACAUUGAAAAUAUUAUUGUAAUAAAUUAAAGUUGAACUAUUGAAUUGUUUGUAAUUUCCCUUUACCCUCUUCUCUCUGAGGUCAUUGAAGCAGAAAACUGGAAGUAUACAAGCAAUUGGCUCUGGGUCAUAAAUCAAGUUUCCUGUUUUUGUAAAGUAGGACUUGGUUUUUAUUUAGAACAAGAGCAAAGGCUAUGUCUAGUCUGUGGAACAAGCAUCACACUCACACCAUCAAUCAAAACAAUAAAUACAACUUGUAACAUUUUGGUAUCUAGGAUAGCAGUAAAUUAUCAAUCGACUACAGAGUAGGUUGUAUUCAAAAACGGACAUAUUUUCAAUAUGCAGGAGGGAAAAGGAAGUUCUAAUUGUUUAUUGAUUUGAUCAUUGAAUAUGUUUGCCAUUGUGUCUCAUUAUUUUAUGACUCAUAAUAAACCUCAUGUAAGGACACACACCA